AUUUUAAGCACACAUUUUAAGAGUGCAUUCUCUAUAGUUCUGUACUGCCCCUAAAGCAAUGGCAACAGAAUUUCUAGAGGAGAUCCGUAAACUAAACGUAACUGACCCUGCAGAAAUGGUGGACUUGGCUAUAAAAUGGGUGCAGAAGUCUUUUCCAAAUGUGGAAUCAGUUCCUACAGAGACAUUGCAAAGCUGGUUGGAGGAAAAGCCAGAAGACCUACUUAUUUUAGACAUCCGGAAGGAAGACGAAUUUGAGGUCAGCCAUUUGCCAGGAGCAAUACGCGUUGACCCUGGGAGUAAUAUACAAGAAAUUCUGCAGGAACAUCUUCAGAAAGAACCUGAACAACAGAAACGUGUAGUUUGCUAUUGCACUGUGGGAUACAGAGCUUCCAUGACAGCUCAGAGCCUGAAUGAGUUCUUGUCUAGUAAACAAGGCCAAAAACUCAAGCCUUUUAUGAAGAUUUAUAAUGCAAAAGGAGGGCUGGCAAAAUGGGCCAGAGAAAGAAAGCCGAUGGUAGACAAGCAAGAGCAUUCGACACAUCUUAUUCACCCCUACAAUGCUGAAUGGGCCAAACUGGUGGAACCUGAGCUGCAAGCUCAGAUCUGAAGGAAUCUUAGACCUGACAGGGGCCCCUGGUAAAUUACAGCUCUCAAACCAAAUAGUAACUCUAAUUACGUGGAGAGCCAAACUUUAAGAUGUUGGGCUUAUAGGUACUACUUUAAUGCUAGUGAUAACAGAGAAUCAAAAUGCAUACUGAUGUACUGAUUCAGACCCCCACACUGCCUUUCCUCGGGUAUAAACUGAAAGAGCGGUGAAGUUCACACAGAUCUGCCAGCUGAAGUCAGCUGAAGAUCAAAGCAGUGAAAUCUCAGGCCUAUAGUUUCAUUGCAUACUGUAGGACAAAUGCUAAACCAAACGCAGUGUUGAGCAUAUGGGGUGUAAGCAACAGAAGCAUUUCCAUUAUUCUAUAUUGGCCUGCCUGUCCUCUUAUUCCAAAACAGAACAGAGACUGCCAUUUCAUGAAACAUUUCUAUCUGCCACGAGGUCCAUCAUGCUGCUAACCAUAAGUAUUAGCAUUUUAAUAAAAAUGACUCAUGCUAAUAAAAUCAUCAGGGCUAAAUAGAAAAACAAAACAAGUUAUUUCCAGCUUUUAUACUCCCAUCUCAACUGUCUGACUUAAGAGAAUGACUGUCCCCUCACCCUGUACAGGGACAUCUAGCUGUACUAGAAAUAACGCUACAGCUACUUUUAAAGGUAAAGGAAAGAGAGCUCCAAGUGCAUGAUCACUAGUAAUGAAAAUGUUAUGAUUAGUGAGAUUCCUUUUGGCAAGUAAAACUCUUAAGUAUCCUCUACAAACUCACCCACAAGCUCAUCCACACAUGAUAAAAAUAACUAAUUUUUGGUCAUUGCAAAGGUGGUGCACACAUCAUUACAGUUUCAUGGAUGUCUACAUAAAUAUUUGGCAAGAGUAUAAAGCCUCCCUUUAGCUGCAUGCUAGCCAACUCAUAGUUAAGAUUAUACAGCAUUCAGGCAAACAAAGGUAUUGAAUUCCUUAGGAAGCAAAUCUAAAUAUACCUGUUGUAAGCAAUGACUGUAACCUUUGAACUUUAGGUCUAUAGUAGAAUAUGAUUGAAUUACGUCUAACAUACAAACUUAAGUAGUGUUAGGUAACCUAGAGUUUAUGAAUUAUUACAGAAUUAUACUGAUAGAGCACAUCUUGACAUGUUAUUUGCAUUACAUUCAACUUUAUUUUCUCGCUGUACUGCAGAAUUAAAAAUCUUAAUUAAAACAUGUUGAGAUUAA